GUUUCAUUGAGCUGACACCAGGAGAGACACAAGGUGUGCUCUGGCUGUCUGUCAUCAGUGAGUUCAUGUACAUCGGUCUCCUGGCUAUGGGCUUCCUACUGAUGUGUGUGGAAGCACUUUGCCUCUGCGCCAAGAGGGAAAUGAACGCCCUCAAGAUCAAUGCCUUUGCAGCCAUGUGCACUGUCCUCUCAGGCAUGAUGGGGAUGGUAGCUCACAUGAUGUACACAACAGUGUUUCAGAUGACUGUGAGCAUCGGACCUAAAGACUGGAGGCCACAGAGCUGGGACUAUGGCUGGUCUUUUGCCAUGGCAUGGCUUUCAUUCAGCUGCUGCAUGGCAGCUGCUGUGGCCACAUUGAACUCCUACACCAAGACCAUCAUUGAGAUGAAGCACCGGGCUCGGGUAAGGCUGGAGGAGGCCCGAAAUACCACCAGUGCCCCCUCCUAUGAGGAGGUUGUUCGAGCUGGGCCGGGAGGGAUUUACUCCGUCAGUCAGCUGAUGCAGCUUGGACAACAGGGGGCUCUAAUGGACCCAAUGUGGCCCAGAGGAGUGGGACCAGCUGUUGGACCUCUGGCAUGUGGCGCUGGGGGAGCACUGCUCGUUGGUGGAGGAGGAAUUGGAGUUGGAGGCAUGGGAAAUCUUGGCGUUGGAAUGGGACUGGGAGGAAUGCCAUCUAUGGCAGGUGGUGGAGGAAAUGGUGUUGGAAUAGGAGGGAUGGGAGGUGGAGCAGGGGCAGGAGUGGGAGCAGGUGGAGUAGGAGGGGGGAAGCUGGCAGACCCUCAUGGUGUGGUUGUGGUGGAAGGCUGCGGCACUGAAGGAUGUGAAGACUGUGAACGCGAGAUGGACGAGAUAAAUUAUGCCCUGCAGGAGGAGCGAGAGGACUCACUCUGCUAAGACUUCUGGGGGGAGAAGACCUCGGCAAACAUGUCUCCACGGCAGAUUUUACUAACUCACUAAAACUACAAUAAAAUAUAUUUUUAAAAAUUCACAGGACUUGCACAGACACACACACACACACACACACACACACACACACACACACACACACACACACACACACACACACACACACACACACACACACACACCUUUAACAAUAAUAACUGCAGUUUUGUACAAAUGAAGUUUCAAAU